GUAUGUGGGCUGCACGCAGACGUGGUUGCCCGGCCAUUUCGCACACUUUCAGUAGGAGAGCAACAUCUAGCAUCCCUGGCACGGACGAUCGGAAUGGCCGGCAGUCGUUCGCACAUCGUUUGCUUCGACGAGUUCACUUCAGUACUAGAUCGUGCCACUGCUCACAAAGUCUGCCUGCGCCUCUCAGAGUAUGUUCGCCAGGGCAACGUAGCACAGAUCAUCGUAGCUACAGUUCAUGAAGACGUCGCCGACUGGCUCGACGUAGACUGGGUUCUCCAGUCCAAGUCUGGUGCAGUCCGCAUCGCACGACGGCCUCGGCAGCUCCAGGAAGUGGUGGAAGCUGGUCAUAUCGAAGAGUUUCGACAGCCAAAGCUUCAUCUGCAACUCCGAGUGCUGAGGCCUAACAGAGACAGCCAAGAAGUGUUCUCGAAGUUCUUUGCGGAGCAUCAUUACAUGCAAGGAGGUCUUCCCUCUGUCUUCCACGGCCUCGUUCUACGGGAUUCUGCCACAGAUCGGAUGGUGGCUUUCCAUGGCAUCGCACUCCUGCCUGGACAAUACAGCGGCGGUAUCACACGGAGAGAGAGCCGAAUGGUAGUUCUACCAGAAUACCAAGGUUUUGGCAUCGGCCCGAAGUUAUCGGAAACCGUGGGGGAGAUGCUGUUGGAGUCGAACCUAAGAUUCUUCAGCAUGACACAUCAUCCACGACUUGGUGGCCAGCGGAAUCAUUCCUUUUUUUGGCGCCCCGUAGAUGGGAGCGGCAAAGCUGGCACAAGCUUGAGUGGAGUCAAAUGCCAGCGCCUCGCCUACCGACAUCAGUACAUGGGCAAGGGCGAUCAGCGAGGAAACGAUCACUUGAAGCCGGAUAGCCAAUCCUCAGCUUCGGAGGCAGAGUCAGCAGAAGUGCUCACCCCACAGAAGGCCGUGACAGGCUUACGGGCCUUUUUCAACGCCCCGACGCUGGUGUCGAAGCGGAAGCUUGAGACGGAGGACGAAGCUCGAAAUCCUCCACGCAAGGUUCCGAAAGCACCGUGA